AUGAUGUCCCCACGUGCGCUGCUCCUCGCGCUGCUCUGCCUGUACCUUCACAGGUGGACAGUGGAAGCAAUCAACCUGAAGCUUCUUAUAGAUGGAAACACAUACACCAUGCUAUACGAAUCCAAGAAGGUGAAAUUCUCAGACUUGGAUAUUCUCAACAUCAUGUUCCAUUCGAACCAAGUGAAGCACUGCGGAAAUUCGGUCAUUUGUUAUCUUCUCAAAAUAUCAUCCACAGAUAUUGAAAAUAUGAAUUACGUGGUUCGCCACAUUGACAUUUCAUAUAACCGCCCCCUCAAGUACGAAAAUGUUUAUAAAAUUAUCGGGGGUGUGACUAGCUAUGGUGUUACCUCCAUGAAGAUCACUUUAUUUGGGGUGGGAUCAACCAUGAAAGGGGAGGAGGAAGUGAAAGGCGAAAGUGGUGAACAAAGCAACGACAGAAGCGGCGAAGGAAGUGAUGAGGAAGAUAGCAUGAUGGAGAUGCUAAGGAUGAAUUUAUUACACGAUAAUACGAAGAAAAGAAGACAGAUAAGGAAGGAGAAAAGCAUCGAUAAGUUGCUAAACCAAUUGGGGGAUGAACACCAAAACAUCACUGAAGCAAUUAAUAUGAAAAACCCCUUGUUGCAAGAAAUAGCUUCCAAAAAAAAUUGCAUAAAUUACUUCUCCGUUGUUUAUACAUUGGUGAAAGUAGACGAUAAGGGAGAGAAAAGUGUCAUCGAUGAUUCCUUUAAAAAUGAGCACACACCGAUGAGUGCCGAUCAGCUCAACGAAGUUGUUAAAGUAUUUUGUUAG